CCAACAUCUCUUUUUCUUUGCACAGAAUUUCCUGGAUUUUUUUUUUUUUUUUUUGUGGAUUCAUAUUUCUGUGGGGAAUAUGACUCUGUUCCACAUCACUUGUUACCUCAAUACCUUUGGUGAGAAUGCUGUUGCAGAGAAACUUUAUUAUGAUGGUUCAACGAGAGCAGGAAAUUUUACAGCUCUGGUUGCUAGGAUGAGGUUGACAAUGAAGGCUCUAUGGAAGGCUAAAAAGAAACAUCUUGAAUGUUUGGAUUGAACCUCACCUGAAGCCUGCCUUACUAUGGAUUUUAGGUAAUUUAGAUCUAUAAAUUGCCAUUGUUUUAUAAUCAUUAGUGCAGUGUUAGCAGUAGCAUGCUCUACCAUCCAGCAUAAAAGGUCCUCAAUGCAGUGGCUGGGCUUCUGUGUCUCUCAGAAAGUCUUCUGCGUUGCAAAUCCAAUCCAGGAAUCUGAACGUUAAAGCUAAAUCAUGGUAACUGAAGAGUCACCAGGGGCACCAGACUCAAACUGACCUUUGAUGUACGUUGGCCCUCCUGGCACUCAAUUAGUGUGUUAAUUAUGAUCAACAGAUACAGCUGUGACUUCCUGGCCAAAGAAGGCAGCUUAGCCAUAUUGCCUAUCUCAGGUCCCAUACCUCUUCUCUUAGUUUAGGUCUCUGAAAGCAGAGCCUAAGAAAAGAGCUGGGGUGCAGGUUGUUUAUUUAAAAAGCGAUUCCAGGAAAUGCAGAAAGGAAGCAGUAACAGUGAGACAGGAAACAGUUAAAUACAAAUAAACAGUAAAUUAUUGAAGUUGUUUCUUUCAACCAUGCAUUCUCAGUGGGGGCCAUAUAGACCUCAAGGUUCUUGGAAAAAGAAAGAAAUCUUAGAUAUUGCCAUGGUUUGUGGCCCUUUAAAGGGAAGUACAUAAAUAAAUAUACAGUUUAUCUAUGCUAUUAAACUUUCAUGAGGGAUGGUGAUGAGGAAAAACCCUGCAAAGGCUCUUUAGCAGAAAUAAUAAGAGUAGCAGUGGUGGUGAUAGUCCUAGCAGAUAAACAUGACCUGGACGAUGGGGGCCUCAGUCCACAGCUCAAGGCCUAAGAAGCAUGCAGACUGCCUCCCAGAAAUGUCUGGUGCCCGUAUUCACUAACCCUCAUUGCCCAUUAGUUAAAGGUUGCCUCUGGGACAUUAAUUUACCCAGAAUGCAGAAAGACAGACAGCGAGUCUUUGAGGUCGAAUGUCUGUGGGGCAGGAGGAGUCAGAACUGUCCAACACAGCUGAAGCGGAAGUCAGAGCAGAGGGAGAUUGUGUGAUGGGGCUGUGGAAUCCGAUAAAUAUCCAAUUCAGAAAUUCAAGUUCUUGCUUGGCCCUGGCUCCUUUCAUUGGAACAAGGCCCUGGGCACUAAAAUCGCAUUCUAUUACAUUUCUGAAUUUCACAUCUUUUAUCAAACUACUUUUCCUCUUUGUCAUGUGAAAUAUUUGUAGGAGGAUUGGGAUUAAAGACAUAACUUUCUUUUUCUUCCUUUACCCAAUUUGGAUUGCUACUUAAGAAGCCUCUUUAUAAAAACACGGUGGAAAAAAGAAAGAACAAUUUCUCAGCUUGAUCUUCCAAACCGUAUUUGAACCUCUUACUCUAUUAUGGUCAAAUUUGACAUUGACCUCUAUUUUUUCUUUUGAAAUAUGAAAGCAAAAGUGGUUUUUACUGAUUAAAGAAGUUCACCUCAUUAUUAGACUUCUGAUCCAUAUCAGUACAAAAUGUUUCUUGAGAAGGGAAAAUGAAAUUGAACCAAAGAUAAUUCCCCUAAUAUAUCUUCAUAGUAAUUUAGCAAUAUGUAAGUUAUGUUGACAUUAGAAUUAAUCAAGACGCUGUAUGGACUGUGAUAUUCAGCCUACCAAGUGGAUCCAGCAAGGAAAACGUGUGUUAAAACUUGUAUAAAUUGGUGGAAACAAAAGUCUGCAUCCUAGUACUAAUUGGUACCUGGUAGGAAGCAGUUGAAAGCAAACAGUCCAAAAGGUGCACUCAUUGGCAUUGCGCUUAUUUAGAAAGCUUGUGAAAGCAAACACUGGGGAUGCAUCGACUCUCUUUCUGAUGACAGGCAAACAGGAGUAAACAUCAAUGGGAGAAGGAAACCAGACUUUUGUGGCUGAAUUUGUCUUGCUGGGACUUUCACAGGAUCCAGAGAUCCAGAUUUUGCUCUUCUGUGUUUUCCUGAUCAUUUACCUUCUCUCUGUUUUUGGAAAUCUGCUCAUAAUAAUCCUUAUCCAAACUGACUCUCGACUUCACACUCCCAUGUACUUUUUCCUCACAAACUUGUCCUUUGCUGACCUUUGUUUCUCUACAAGCAUCGUGCCCCAGAUGUUGGUCCACUUCCUUGUGAAAAAGAAGACCAUUUCCUUUGCUGGCUGCUCCCUGCAGAUAGUUGUCUUCCUCCUAGCAGGGUGUUCCGAGUGUGCGCUGCUGGCGGUCAUGUCCUAUGACCGCUACGUGGCCGUCUGCAAGCCCCUGCACUACGCCACCGUCAUGACCCAGAGGGUUUGUGUCCAGCUGGCCGUAGUGUCCUGGAUGAGCGGGGCAUUUGCAUGUUCAGUGGACAGUGCAUUUACACUCUGUCUCCCCUACCAGGGACAGAAUGUGAUUAAUCAUUAUUUUUGUGAACCUCCUGCACUUCUGAAGCUGGCCUCAGCAGACACCUACAGUGCCGAGAUGGCUCUCUUUUCAAUGGGUGUGGUUAUUCUCCUAGCACCUGUCUCCCUCAUCCUGGUCUCUUACUGGCAUAUUGUCUCCACUGUGGUUCGGAUGCAGUCAGGGGAGGGGAGGCUCAAGGUCUUCUCCACCUGCGGCUCCCAUCUCACUGUUGUGGUUCUCUACUAUGGCUCUGGGAUAUUUGCCUACAUGAGACCCAAUUCCAGGGCCAUGAAUGAAAAGGACAAGGUCAUCUCUGUGUUCUAUUCAGUUAUGACUUCCGUGUUGAACCCCAUAAUUUACAGCCUGAGGAAUAAGGAUGUGAAAGGGGCUCUGAGAAAGCUGGCUGGAAGAUAGUCCACUCUCGCAGGCUGUCGCUUCUGACAUUUUUAGGGAGUCCUGGGAGCAGCAUGAUUAACCACAGGGCUCUACGGGCCUCGUCCUUUCCUUUCCUGCUCUCUUUGCCCGAGCCGAUUCUCUGCUCUACCAGUAAACAUUAAAUGCCCACUCUGUGCACACCCUACGCCCAGAACCUCACAAUUUGAGGAAAACUUAGUGUCUUUCUUUAAAAAAACCUUGAAAUCUUUAAGAUAACACAAAUACAGAGAGAACUCUUUAAAAAGUUAAAUAAAGAAGGACUUUUUAAUAUAAAAGAAAAAUACUGAGGGCAUCAAAAGUGAGGGCAAUAGCUUAUUUGAAGAUCAGGAACAUUUUAUGAAAGUCACUCUACUGAAAUGAGAUCGAUUUAUUGAUAGGCUGUAUGAUUUAAGCAGGCAGCAAUGGGGCAGAAAAAAUGCCUAAAGAAGACUAUUUCAGCAACAAGAGCAUAGAGAAACAAACUCAUGCACGCUCUUGUCCCAAGACUAACUACUCGUACCAUAUUUUACAGGGUCUUAUAUGCCAGGUUAACGUAAUGGGCAGGAUUGAGAAUGACCUGAUCAUGCCCUCCCUUUAGGAACUUCCUUCUGAAAGAUGGUGAUUGAAUGGAAAAUUAAUCUUGGUAAAUUGAUAUGAGCACAGGACCACAAUUCUUCAAAUAAUUUAUUUACUAGAUAUUCUGAGAAGCUGUCAGAUAUAUGAUAUUUCGUAUCUGUAGAGAAUUUUUCAUCUUGUAUUUUAAUUUCAAGCUUGAAGAAAUCUUAUGGAUCAUAUUAUCUAACUAAUGCUUUAACCUUCUCUGUAAUUUUCUUUAUUAACUCACACUUACUGAGCCUUUGUAUUAAAAAUGUCUCAGAGGCCUACGGUCAUUAUAUUCCAGCAACAGUGACUUUCUUCCUCUUCCCCAAAAAUGUAAAGCACAUUCAACAUCCAGUCAUUAGCAUUUGCUGUUCCCUUAUCUGAAGGGUUCUGCUAAUCGGCCUUGGUGCAUUUGACUCAUUCUCAACACUGACAACUCAUUCUCAACAAAAUCUAUAGCUCUUCUACGGCUUUCCCCAAACAUCAAUCCAAGACAAUACCCUUUCAGUCACAAUCUCCAUUAUUGUUUUUAAGUUGUGUUUAUAGGACUUCUGUGUCUGAAAUGAUCUUGUUUAUUCACUUGAAAACAUCCUGAUUAAAACCAACUUGAGAGCUGCAGUUAAGAUGGAGUGAUCAAAUUAAUAAAGAAUUAGCCAAGAUCUAUCAUGGUAACCUGGCCAUAAAGGUGUGUUUUAAUUCGAAGAAAGAGAAAGAUUUCAGCAGUAAGGAGCACUUAGUAGUGACAAGUGCAAAAGGGUAGUCAAGGAGGAUGAGAACUGAAAGUGUAGACUGCUUGUCAAAGAAAGAGACCAGAUAGGUGCCUCGAGACAAUGAUUUGUUAUUGAUUUUCUUAACCAUGAUCUAGUCACUUCUUAUUGGGAAUAAAAAUUCUCAUUUAUAAAAUCAAUAUGGGAUUGAAUUAUAUGAAGUUUCAAUUCCUUUCCAGUUCUAAUAUGAUAUGAUUAUUUAAGCCCCGAAUGGUUCUUUAAUAAUUCAGAAACUUAAAUAAGUCCUAUUGAAUUAUCAUUCAAUCAUUCAUUUAGCAGGUGAGUCUGGUGAAAAGCUUUUCACUUGAAUAGAGUAGGGGAUGGAGAUGACCCUGGUUUUAAUAAGCUAAAAAAUGAGCGAAUCUUCAGUAACCGGUUUUCAUCACCUCUGGGAGGAGAGAGAGUAUGCUCUGUCCCAAAGGGAGGUAGCACUCUCCUGUUAUCUUAUGGUCUCUUUCUGCAGUUCUUCCCGAGGGAAAUGCUUCCUUAGCAGAGUAAAAUGCCCUUGAAAUGAUGGCCCAAGAAAAAAAAAUUUCAUUGAUUUCCUAAACAUACUUCUAAGCAUCCUUUACCUAGUAAAUUAUCUGUAAAGCCCAAGCCGUCAUACAGUCAUCUGUGGGCUUGCUCACGUUCUGUUUCCACAUUCCUGACUAAAUUGACAGCAACUGGCCAGCAUCUUGUCCAGAUACAAGAGUCUUAUGGGAUCUAAGUAAUGCUACCUCCAGUGGCCCUAUUUCCGGUGUAUGGUGACUGAGCAGUGUUUCUGUAACUUUCAGGCCCUCCCUGCAAUGAAUCUAACUGUAUUGCUUCAUGAUCCUCCCUAAGGCAUUCUUUUCUUCUCUCUCCUUUCUCCUUUCACUUCCCUUAAUUUUUUUUUUUUUGGUGAAUGUUUUUAUAAUGUGCGCAAAUGUGAUAGAGUAUGUAAGUAUGCACAAUUAUCUAUGUAUAUAAGUGUGUCUGUUGUCUGUGACAGGUAAAGCUUAUCUGUGUAAAAUUCUCUGCCAAUGGUUCUAAAUCUGAUUCCUUCACCACUGGAUUAAAUGCUACUUUAUCUCAGGCCAGUCUUGCUGUCACCUGAUUGUCUUCCAUCCCCUCCUCAUCCUCUGUCUGCAGUCUCUCAUUCCACUAAUCAAAUGUAGAUGUGCUUUCAACUUAUUAUU